AUGCGUCGAUGCAAGCACCACCUUGAGCCUGAGUUUGUGUUGGAUGCCCCCACCGCCUCAGCUCGCCGAUCCCGGACCACAUCAGGUGCCAGUGUUAUUGAGACGUUGAUGCCAAAGCAAGCUGACAAUCCCGUGGAGGGAGCAUUCUGGGGUGCCGUUGUCGCUGCCGAGGAGGAGACUGUGGAUGAAGUUGCUGCGGGUGAAGAGGUCGACGCCCAGAUCAAUGUUCCUGAUCCCGCAAUGGAUGUUGAUGCUACUCAGGGUGUGGAGCGAAGUUAUGAAGAGGGGCUCCGCCUUCUGAACGCUGCCGAGCAUUCGGGCAUGUAA